CUGACUCAGCUAAACCUCGAAACACUGACACAGCAUUCACUCCUGCUCUUUCUGGCUAACUGAGAGAUCAUGGUGUGCAGCCAAGCAACCCUCUGACUGACAAUGAUGUAGUCAUUGGCUAGAGAGGACCAAAGCAGGGAGCACCUUAGCACUGCAUUCUCACAUACUGUAAGUUUAUUCUUAGGCCGCUCAGUGUUACAGUUAACUAUGUCCCUCUUUUAUCCACAAGGAAUCUGUAGCCGUAGCUCACAUCAGUGCUAAUAUACAUCUGUGCAUACCUCAUAUACAUCUGUAGAGUCGACCCGACAUCUGAGAAUGGGUGUACAGCUCAUCUCUGAUCUCUGGGGAAAAUAUCAAGAGCGCUUGCCACAUCCUGAGCAGCCAUAUCUGCCUCCCUUGCCAGAUAUACUGUAAAUACCCUUUCUUUCUCCCUUUUCGAUCAGACAGGUGACAUUUGGUGUGGGUCUGUGUUCUUCCCAGCUCUUCCUCGGGCUGACAUUUUUUAUUCUGACAGUAGAGGUCCCAAGGUCUCGGUGUGGUUUUGUUGACGUCCAAUUUAGGACACUCUGAAAAGUAGACCGAUCGUUGCUUUUAACCUCUCGCUGUUCAGAUCAGAUGACAAAGGACCAUUAAACCCUUGUGUGAAUGCACCACGGAUGCAUUGCUGUGUAACACCGUGGUGUUGUAUUUCUGUGGCGAGAGCAUGUGAAUGCCCGCUGGAUGUCUAGGGAGGAGAGGAGGCAGUCGGGGAGGGUGGUGAUAUGAUCCCUCGAUGUUGACGACUUACGUAUAGAAAUAUAGAUCUGCUGAUGUGUUUUAACAUGUAUUUCCAUCAUUUUAGUCCGGUGCAGUGUUAUGUAGGUUACUGUAUUUAACAGCAUCAUUAUUUACAUACAUCUAAGUAAUGGUGAACACAGCACAGUUGACUAGUAAAGGAAGAUGCAUGGUUGGUUGCUUGUACCGAACAUAAACGCUCCACACCUGCUCAUUGUUUGAAUAGUAGAUGACAAGAUCUGAUUGGUUUUAUGGAGGUGCUAUUAAGCUUUGAAAGACAGAUGGAUACAGUCAGUCCGUCCACUCCCUCCUCCAUCAAUGAGCUCACUCUGCUGAGGGUGUCAAAUUUCAGGGGUGUAGGUAAAGGAGGUGUGGUUACCGAGCAGAGGGGAGGUCCAGCAGAGUAAGGAAGCGCCUCCCCAUUGGUGGAAAAAGUGCCCAGUAAAGUUAACUGCAUCAUCAAGGAAGCCUGUUAGUGGUCGGCAGGGUUCUGUUUUGUGAACCACCUUGCCAUCACUGUGCUGUUACCUAACGGAAAAGUUACCAUGAAGAGAUCACCCAGCAAAGAAUGCGCUGUCAAUGCAGAGGAUGGCUAUGUGAGGAUGUUCCUGAGGGGUCGGCCAGUCACCAUGCACAUGCCUGACCAGAAGAGGAACAGCUACAGCCUGGACCACAAGGGGGCGCUGCCUGAGCACAAGCUCAAACUGCAGUGGGUGUAUGGGUACAGGGGCAGAGACUGCCGCUCCAACCUCUACCUGCUCCCCACCGGGGAGAUAGUCUACUUCAAUGCCUCCGUGGUGGUGCUCUACAAUGUGGAGGAACAGCAGCAGAGACAUUACCUGGGCCACAACGACGAUGUCAAAUGCUUAGGCAUCCAUCCAGACAUGGUCACCAUAGCCACUGGACAAGUCGCUGGAACCUCCAAAGAUGGCAAGCUGUUAGAGGGCAAGCUGUUGCCUCCUCAUGUGCGUGUGUGGGAUUCGGUCAGUCUCAAUACCCUGCAUAUCAUUGGGAUGGGCGUGUUUGACCGGGCGGUCACCUGUGUGGCCUUCUCCAAGUCGAAUGGUGGUGCUCAUCUCUGUGCCGUCGAUGACGCCAAUGACCACAUCCUGUCUGUGUGGAACUGGCAGAAGGAGAAGCAGCUGGCGGAUGUGAAGUGCUCCAAUGACUCAGUGCUGGCCGCAGCCUUCCACCCCAUGGACGCCAACCUGAUCGUCACCUGUGGGAAGUCCCACUUGAACUUCUGGACCAUGGACGGAAACACUCUCACCAAGCGCCAGGGGUUGUUUGAGAAAAACGAGAAGCCCAAGUACGUGCUGUGUGUGGCCUUUGCUGAGAACGGAGACGCCAUCACAGGAGACUCCAGUGGAAACAUCUACGUCUGGGCCAAAGGUGGGAACCGGAUCAGCCAGGUGGUGGCGAGAGCCCAUGAGGGCGGGAUCUUCUCCUUGUGUGUGCUGAAGGACGGUACAUUGGUGUCCGGUGGAGGGAAGGACCGCAGGAUGGUGCUCUGGGACCAUGACUAUAACAAGCAGAGUGAGAUGGAGGUGCCUGAGGCGUUUGGGCCAGUGAGAGCCGUGACUGAGGGGAAGCAGGGGGAGCUGUUAGUGGGGACCACCAAGAACACCAUCCUUACAGGCUCCUUCCCUGAAACACUCAACCCUAUAGUACAGGGUCACACAGAUGAGCUGUGGGGUCUGGACAUCCAUCCUUCCAUGGGGCAGUUUGUGACUUGUGGCCAGGACAAGCAGGUCCACCUAUGGGACACCAACUCCCAUCAGCCUCUCUGGAGCAAGACCAUCGAGGACCCAGGGCGCUCUGCAGGGUUCCAUCCCAGUGGAGCUGUGCUGGCAGUGGGGACCAUGACAGGAAGGUGGUUGGUGCUGGACGCUGACACCCGAGACCUGGUGUUCAUGCACACUGAUGGCAAUGAGAUCAUCUCUAAUAUCAAGUACUCCCCAGACGGCAACUUCCUAGCCGUAGGUUCCCAUGACAACUUUGUUUACAUCUAUGCCGUGAUGGAGAAUGGCAAGAAGUACAGCCGCGUGGGGAAAUGCACUGGUCACUCCAGUUUUGUUACCCACCUGGAUUGGUCCGUCGACAGCAAAUACAUUGUAACCAACUCAGGAGACUACGAGAUCCUAUUCUGGGAAGCUUCAAGCGGCAAACAUGUGACGAGCAUGGACCUAGUUCGUAAUGUGGAGUGGGCAACCUCCACUUGUGUUCUAGGCUUCAGCGUCUUUGGCGUUUGGCCUGACGGUGCUGACGGCACGGACAUCAACGCCGUGUGCAGGUCACAUGACUCCUCCCUGCUGGCCUCUGCUGACGACUUUGGCAAAGUGCACUUGUUCUCCAACCCCUGCUCCCAGCCAAGGGCCCCAAGCCAUACCUAUGGUGGCCACAGCAGCCAUGUGACCAACGUUGCCUUUCUCCACGACAACAGUCACCUGAUCUCCACCGGAGGGAAGGACACCAGCAUCCUCCAGUGGGUGGUCGCCUAGACAACCCUGCUGCAUCAGUCUCCACCGUCGCUUCCUGCCCACCAGAGGGCAGCAAUGCUGUGCCUAUAAAAACACCCACCUUUAACCCUCUCCUCUCUGCACAUAUGUUUGAUGGUACUGUCCUGAGGUGCCACUAGGUGGGGCAAUGACCAGAGAAUAAGCAUGUCGAGAUUAUUUUAAGGCUAUUUAAACACAGUUGUAGCUGCUAUUUAUGUUGCAAAGGUCUAUAGAGGUAUAUCUGAGUGGCUGUGGUAUUCUAAUAUUAACUGUAAUGUGGUGGUGUGGCACCUAGCACUUAAUACAUAUUUAGGAGUAAGCUUAAGCUGUGCUUUGCCUUCGUUUUGUUAAUAAAGUUUCUAACCCAA